GUGUGUGUGUGUGUGUGUGUGUAUAUAUAUGUAUGUAUGUGUGUGUGUAUAUGUGUGUGUAUGUGUGUGAGUGUGCGCGCUCCGAGUGUGUGUAUUUGUGUAUCGGCGGUCCCGCAGGUCCCGGAUGUUGCGGACAGUAUGAAGCGAGCGCAAGGGGACUGGGACCAGCAGCUGUCGCCGCCGCUUUCAGAGAGUUCCUGCUAGACAAGACAAAUUAAGAGUUUUCCUACACUCUCAACUUGGGUGAAGAAAGAACAGAAAUCUUUGCCUCCUGACUUUAGAAAUCUCGUUUAACCUUCAAACUGGCGAUGUCAAGGGUUCCAAGUCCUCCACCUCCGGCAGAAAUGUCGAGUGGCCCUGUAGCUGAGAGCUGGUGCUACACACAGAUCAAGGUAGUGAAAUUCUCCUACAUGUGGACCAUCAAUAACUUUAGCUUUUGCCGGGAGGAAAUGGGUGAAGUAAUUAAAAGUUCAACCUUUUCAUCAGGAGCCAAUGAUAAACUGAAAUGGUGUUUGCGAGUAAAUCCAAAAGGGUUAGAUGAAGAAAGUAAAGAUUACCUGUCACUUUACCUGUUAUUGGUCAGCUGUCCAAAGAGUGAAGUUCGGGCAAAAUUCAAAUUCUCCAUCCUGAACGCUAAGGGAGAAGAAACCAAAGCUAUGGAGAGUCAACGAGCUUAUAGGUUUGUGCAAGGCAAAGACUGGGGAUUCAAAAAAUUCAUCCGUAGAGAUUUUCUCUUGGACGAGGCUAACGGGCUUCUCCCUGAUGACAAGCUUACCCUCUUCUGUGAGGUGAGUGUGGUACAAGAUUCCGUCAAUAUUUCUGGCCAGAAUACCAUGAACAUGGUGAAGGUUCCUGAGUGCCGAUUGGCAGAUGAGUUAGGAGGGCUGUGGGAGAAUUCCCGGUUCACAGACUGCUGCUUAUGUGUUGCUGGUCAGGAAUUCCAGGCUCACAAAGCUAUCUUAGCAGCUCGUUCUCCAGUUUUUAGUGCCAUGUUUGAACAUGAAAUGGAGGAGAGCAAAAAGAAUCGGGUUGAGAUCAAUGAUGUGGAGCCUGAAGUUUUUAAGGAAAUGAUGUGCUUCAUUUACACGGGGAAGGCUCCAAACCUUGACAAAAUGGCUGAUGAUUUGCUGGCAGCUGCUGACAAGUAUGCCCUGGAACGUUUGAAGGUCAUGUGUGAGGACGCCCUCUGCAGUAACCUCUCCGUGGAGAACGCUGCAGAAAUUCUCAUCCUGGCUGACCUCCACAGCGCAGAUCAGUUGAAAACUCAGGCAGUGGAUUUCAUCAACUAUCAUGCUUCGGAUGUCUUAGAGACCUCUGGGUGGAAGUCAAUGGUGGUGUCACAUCCCCACUUGGUGGCUGAAGCAUACCGCUCUCUGGCUUCAGCACAGUGCCCUUUCCUGGGGCCCCCACGCAAACGACUGAAGCAAUCCUAAGAUCCUGCCAGUUUUGAGACUCCGUUUAUUUUCCAGAAGCAGCAGCCACUGUUGCUGCCACUGAGCACCAGGUCGACAGCGCAAUCUGUGGAGCAUUUUCUCUGUUGUAGGGAAAAUACUGUUGUGACCCCAGACUUUUAAAACAGCACUAAAUAACUUAGGGGAACGGGAGGGGGGAGGGAAGGGCCCAGGACUCGAGGCUACUCAACCUAAUGAAAACCCUGUUGCCGUGUCACCAUGUUCCCUUUGGCCUGGCCGAGUUUGACACUGGGAUUCAGUUUAGGCGCUGGCCCCAAGCACAUCCCAGUGGUGGUACUUCGGGAGAAACCUACCUGCAUCUGAUUGAGAGAACAAAUCAUCAGGUGCCUGGAGCAAAAAGGAAAACAAAACAAACAAACAAAAAAGGACAUAUAGUUUUAUGAGAAAGGAAAAGGAAAGAAGAAUGAAUUUUUGCAAAAAUUUUCACAAAUCAGUUUGUGGAUUCUAGUAGUAUUUAUGUUGAGAGAAGCAAAUUUUAGUCCUUCCAGCUGUACUAAAACUUGGAUGUUUGUGAAAACUCUUUACUACCAUACGAGUAUCAGAAGAACUCUCUCUUUGUUAGCACUUAUUGUUUGCAAGAACAGAAUACAUCCAUUUACCCUCUUCUGAAAAAUGACAAGUGAAAGCAGAAGGGGAAGGAGGUUAUUUGAUCUGGAAGAUGAGUGUUUUGAUGAUAGUGGCUUUUGCAAGGUUCUUUAUUGGUGUUGAAAACUGGAAGAAAUAACUCAUCCAGAAUUCAUACUGUCUUGAUAAGAACAAUGGUUCCCUGUUUUU